GUAGAUCAUCAACAUGCGAAUCAUAAAGGAUGUUCCUGUCAAAACUACACCUAAAAGUUUUUGUGAAGGGACCUCGGAGAUUUCAGCCUUAUCGGGGCAUUUUCUUCGAGCAUGGGGCUGUGUCUUGACCUAGCUUCCUAGCGAUACGAUGGGGAACAAAAACUAAGUUGAAUCCUAUCUCAAACAGUGACUUCAUUAAAUUUCCAGUUCUCUCUUUUGUUCCCUUUUUUUAUUAUUAUUUUCCCUUCCCCCGAGCUUGUUCCUCGUUCCUCGUUUUUUUAACAUCCCCCCGCUUUCAACUACAUGAACAAUGAGGCCAGCUGAAACUGAACAUGAAAACUGAAUUCUUUCUAAAACAAAAUUAUGACACACAUAAUAUUUUCCCUUUUUCCCAUGUUUAAAGCGGCAAAUCCCUACUUUUGCUGCAUGCUAAUACCAUCACAUUCAUUAGCUUCGUUUGCGUAAGCAGCGAGAUUCAUAAUCUGCAAAAUCGUUUUUUCUUCGUAUUUAGUUAAAACAAAUGGGAUUGCGGCGACUGUGGAAUUUGGGAACAAGAAUCGUUGCGUGACCGAAUAAACACGCAUGUUUAGCGAAGAAAGCCUUAUAAUGCCAUUUACAACUUUUCCGGAACGGGUUGGUCCACGAAUUCUUUCGCUUGAAAGCGUUGACUACUUUGGAACAAGUGAACACUUCAUUGGUCGAAAAAAAAAAACAGAAGAAUCUUAAUUAGCAAAACUUCGAUGGUGAGGCUAACUGGUCUUUUAUUGUGUGAAAAUUAGUCUUGUGAUGAGCAUGCGCUUUAUUUUCGGCGAUGAUUGAAAUGACGCGCUGUUGUUCAUCACGAAUUUUCGUGUAUUUAUUACACACGCGUAUCAACCUGCAAACGCAGUCGUAUUUCCGGUCGUCGCUAACAUGCAUACUAAGUUAAAAAACAUCAAUUCAGAAAUAAAUAAGAAAUAAAAAGUAAAUAUCCUGAAGAAUACUCGAACGUCGAUAAAGUAAGAACCUUUCGCGAGUAACUUCUUUUUCGUGUAGAAUUAAUCGCCUCCUCAUUUCGUAUCUAAUCUCCAAGUAAUUGAGAAUUAGUUAACGCCGCUUUAAAUUUAGUUGUUCUUCACAGUUUCAAUUUCAGUUUAGCCAUUACCAAAUUAUUUCACACCUGGCCUUGUUAAACUACGUAUAGUUCGUGACAAAAGUAACAGAGCAAUAACACAAGGUCUAUUUCUCACCUCGCUGUUUUAAUAACUGCAAAUUUUUAAGGCAUUUGAAUGAAACUUUUAAAUUAAUAACUUAUGAAGAGCACCAUUUGUGGAUUGAAAAGGAAUUUUUAAGAAAAAGUGAGACAAAGGUGAAUAACUGUCAGCAAGAGCUAUAAUAGGACUGUCCUAUUAUGGCUCUUGCUGUCAAUUAUCUAAGAACUUUAAGCAGACAUUAUAGGCUUUUUUAAAGCGAAAAGAGCAGCGCAGGGAAUUCACUGGAAAAACAAGUAUAUUCAACAAAACCUGAGUUUUCAUUUUCUCACUCGUUUAGAGGAACAUGCGUGAUCUAAAAAUGGAACAUUUCAGUCAGUUAAAGGAACAAAAACAAGCGGAAUUUGAGUUCAUGAGUCUAUAUUUGAAGGAGAAGCUAAUUCGCAAAGAAAAUUAAAGAACUGUAACAUCCAGUGGACAGACACAGAGUUCGAUUCUAAAGUUUUGAGUUUUUCAAGCAAAAAUUAAACUCUACUUCAAUAAUUAUGCGUUGCCGAGUGUAUUUUUCGAGCUUUCAAACUUAAUGAACAUCAAAAUAAAUGCUAAACGAAACCAAUCAAAGACUAUAAAAAAAGUAUUUGACGCUAUUUAUAUGUUAACCGACGAAUUUCCAGCUCCUUCUAUUUUUUCCCUCGCUUACCUUUUUUGUUUUUGUUAAUUGUUGUUGUCACUUUAACAUUCACUUUUAAUUUGGUCGCUGUUAUUUAUUUGCCACGCAUUUGCCAAGAUCAUAAAAUUUGAACAAAACCUCCAGCAAGUUUUAACUUCAUGAUUUUUUCAAUGAAAUAUACCCUUAAAUUUGCAUUUACUUUAAUUUAUCUAACUCAACACGUUAAAAACAACAAUUUUUAGAAUUUUUGAGGGUGAAUCUGAAGUAUCUGGUGUGAGAAGCUGGACUUAAGAAAGAAAAGCAUAUUGAUAUAACCAACCAUUUCACUUUGGAAGAUUUUUUAGAAAGUUAUUACUUUGCCUAGUGAGUUAUCCAAGACGGUUAUAAUUAUGCAAGCUUCAUUACUCGCGAACUGCGUCUUCAACACCUUCUUGCCUUUUACCGCCAUAACGCUUAACAUUGUAACAAUACUCGCUCUGAGAAAACCAUUGACGAUAUCAGGAGCUCUAAAAGUAUUAACGCUGAGUCUGCACUGGCUGUAUCUGAUCUUGCUGUUGGUUUACUAGUUCAACCCUUGUAUAUUACAAGUCUUGUCAUGCUGAUAAAAGAAAACACUCAAACUCUAACUUUUGAGAUUACUUUUCAUGAAUUUUAGGAAAUCAUCAGAAUCAAGAAAGUUAAGUUAUGGACACAAAUAUGAUAUAUAUAGCGAUAAUAAUGUUUUGAGUCAAUUUUUCUCAGCUUAAAUGAAAUUCUUGCUAGCAAAAAAAGUUUCCCUGUAAUAAGAAGCAUCUUGUAAAAAAAUAAUUUACUGUCAAGCUGUUUUAUAUGUUCUUCUUCAGUAAUAAAUAAAAACUCGCUGAUUCCUGAUAGAAAGACUGAACGGUAAAAGGUACAACAAUUACAUACGAGACGUCACAAAAGAAACGAAUUGUGCGAAAAACGGUGGCAGUAAAAAGACUCGGGCGGAAAACGUCUUGACCUCAAAGCACAUGUCAGCUUCUCUCUGUGUUGUUAAUAAACUCUAAAAUCAGAGUUCACGUUCGCAAUCCUUCGCAAAAGGCAAUAUUUCAGAUGGAACACCCAUUACGUAAGCGAAUUGUACUACUUUAUUUGGCAUAGUCUAAACUAAUUUGCUGUAAUCAAAGAAUAGUAAAACUGUGAAGCAUUUUCUUUUUUAGCUUCACCUUUCGGUUGCAGUAUUGUGACUAAUUAUCUAUUAAAGCAAAAGCGUUGCAAUUAAAUAUAGCUACAACAAUAAAAGUUAUAACGCGAAAAAAAUGCUAGCUCUUCCUUCAAAUCCAGACUCAUAUGAACUCAGUUUUCGCUUUUUCUUUUUCUCUGACUGACUGAAAUUUUUGAUCGUUUGAAACACGGAUGUUCCUUCGUACGAGCUCGAGCCGAACAUGCCAACUUAGCGUUUGUGUGAUAUUCUUGUUAUUCCAAUGGCCUUCCCUGCCUUUGUCAUUUUCGUUCUAUGGCUAUGUGAUAAAUUGGAACAUGCUUAAGUCAAAGAGAAAGAGAAUUCGUUUUGAAAUGACUCCUGGGUUCAAACCUUUCACAAUUCGUUUAUUAGUACCAAAAAUUCUAGGCAGGCAUGUUUUAGUGAAUAGACUUUUUACUUCCAAAAACCGGUCUACGUGGUAGCGAUAUGUAAAAGGUCACUGGUCUAUAGAAUAAAAUAAACCUUUCUGUUGACAACGAAAUGAUUUUUUCUUUUUUAACAGUUCUUUUUUUAGGCGGGGAGAAAAUCAUACUGGUUCCACCACCCCUUCGCAAAAGGAAAAUGCAAUGAAAAUGAUAUAUUUCUUUUUCAUAAAAAGAUAUCACGUACUGAACCUAAAUAUCCUUGAAACUGAGCAGGAGCAGAUAGUGUGGUGACAGAAAUAAGUUAAGUUUUUAAUAGAAGCAUGGAAGAAAAGACUUCGGGACUUUCUUUGUUUACAGUGACUGAAUCCUUGAUUUAACACUUCUCUAACCGUUUCUACCCUCCUUAAUGGGGCUAAGCCAGUUAUUGAGAGCUGGACUGCAGAACUUGUUGCGAUCCUGUCUCCUUCUUAGAGGAGACAUUAAAAAAAUAAGGAACGUCACAGCUUUUAACUAAACGUUUUACUCAAAGAAAUUUGCUUCUACUAACUCAAUGAAGUUACAAGCUCACAUUCCUUCGCCAAGGACAAAGUGAAUCUAUAGGUGGAUAUUUCUUUCUUUACCUUUGGUUCAAGAUAUUAUAAAGAACUGAAUAUUUGCAAAAAAAUUUUAAACUACAUUACGCCUUUAACGAAAUCAGACGUGUACACUAAAAUUCAAAAAGGGUACUUAAAAGGGUCGCAGAUACUCCCGCCUGACGAGCUGAUACAGUGCGAUAUCAUUACAAACUGGUUGCGUUUUUACUGAGAGUGAUUUCUAAAGCCUUUCGCAUAAAACAGUAACGAAAUAAAUGGAAAUAAAGAGACGGAAAAUCAUAUGUUAGGGCAUCUGUCCAUUUUUGACUCAUGGUUUUUUAAAUUUCUACAACAAGUUGAACCAGGUUGGCCCUUUUUCCAGUAAAAUUCCAUUUAUUACAAAUUUAUCCUGUUUGUCUUAUUAGCCAAAGAAAAGGAUCAUACUUUAUUUAAAAGAAUAGAAAAUAUCAAGGCUUUAGGACGCGAUAUAUGAAAACCAUAUAUUAACUGCUGAAUAGGUUUUGAUGCUUAAUCAGUAUAGCUGUCUCUUAACGCAACACCCAUCGUUGUUCCUCAAUGAAAUACUGCUUGGGCAGGUGAUAAAGGGUCAUUUUAAUAAGCGUUAAUUCAUGCAAUUAAUUUCUUUCACUCGGUUUUUAUUAGGACCGGAAAUGACAAUUAAAUUAAUGAAUGUUGGUCGUUAAUGUUAAGGGAUGCCUGUUAUCCUGUUUACCGUAUUUUAAAUGAUCCAUCGGGGGCUUCUCUUAAAUAAAUGGCCCUUGUCUACUAAACGCCCCGAGUUUUUAGAAUCUGAGGGUGAAACUUAAGUAUCUCAAGUGGGAAUUGAAGCUAUACUUGAAGAAAGCAAAGCUUAUUAGCAAAAAAAAUAAUGUCAGCUUAGUCCAUAUACAUUGUAAAGACCUUGCUUGUAAAGUUCAUAGUUUAUAAAGUUACUCAUGCCGGUUAGCCAUUAAGCAAUGAUGCAAGCUUUACUCAUCGCCAACUGUGUCUUCAACGCCUUCUUCAGUUUUACCCCUUUCACACUAAACAUUGUAACAAUAUUCGCUCUGAGAAAACCAUUGACGAUACCAAGAGCUCUAAAAAUAUUCCUGCUGAGUCUGGCUGUAUCUGAUCUUGGUGUUCGUUUACUGGUUCAACCUUUGUACAUUACACGUCUUUUCAUGAUGAUAAAAGAAGACGCUCAAACUCGAUAUUUUGAUAUUACUUUGAACUCUUUUUAUGCCACAGGGACUUUUCUUAGUAUUGCCUCAUUCUUUGGUGUGGUGGCUCUAACCGCAGACAGAUUCUUGGCUGUUCAUUUUCAUCUCCGAUACCAGGAACUCGUGACUCACAAGCGCGUUGUUGCUGUAGUGAUCUCGAUUUGGAUCAUGAGUGCGAUUCUGAUGUUACAGUUCAUAUGGAUUCCGUCAAAUGUUGCCACGAUUAUUUCAGUACCUGUUGAAAGCGUUUUUUACCUAACUACAGCCUUGUUUAAUUUCAAGAUC